AUGGUUCUCGUUUUGGUCAUUGGAGACCUCCAUAUCCCAUAUCGCACGCAUGACCUCCCAGCAAAGUUUAAGAAACUGCUGGUCCCUGGCAAGAUUCAACAAAUAAUAUGCACCGGAAAUGUGUGUGACAAGGAGACGUACGAGUAUUUGCGGACAGUUUCCCCGGAUGUACACAUUGUACGAGGCGACUACGACGAUAACCCCGGUUUCCCGCUCUCUUUGACCAUACAUCAUCCACCAUUGUCAAUUGGUGCCAUUCAUGGACACCAAUGUAUCCCAAGUGGAGAUGUAGACCAACUCAGCGCACUCGCAAGGCAAAUGGACGUCGACGUAUUAUUGUCUGGUCAUACUCAUACAUUUCACGCACAAGAGGUUGAAGGACGAUUCUUCCUAAACCCAGGGAGCGCCUCGGGGGCGUGGAGCGGUGCAUUCUCUUCAGAGGUGAUCCCGUCGUUUGCGUUGCUUGAUAUCCAAGGUCCCAUCGUCACGACAUACGUGUACCAACUAAUAGAUGGAGAAGUACGAGUGGAGAAGAUUGAAUAUCGUAAACCACUAGAAAUUCACCCGAUGACACCAAAACCUCCCCAAAAUCCAUCAAGUCCGCCUCCAGUAUCAUCACCUUCUCGGGAUACGGUAUGGUAG